AAAACCUCAGAGGACCUGAAAGGGGCCGCCACUUUUCUGGCUCUCCUUCCUCCCGAGUUGGAGACUGCCGAGUCCAAGAUGGACAAAGUGUGUGCGAUUUUUGGGGGCUCGCGGGGUAUUGGCAAGGCGGUGGCUCAGUUAAUGGCCCGCAAGGGCUACCGACUGGCUGUCAUCGCCAGAAACCUGGAAGUGGCCAAAGCCACCGCCGGGGAGCUCGGCGGAGAACACUUGGCACUAAGCUGUGAUGUUGCUAAGGAGCAUGAUGUUCAACAUGCCUUUGAAGAGAUGGAGAGACACUUAGGUCAAGUAAAUUUCUUGGUGAAUGCUGCUGGCAUUAACAGGGAUGGUCUUUUAGUAAGAACAAAAACUGAAGACCUAGUGUCGCAGCUUCAUACCAACCUCUUGGGCUCCAUGCUGACGUGCAGAGCUGCCAUGAGGACCAUGAUUCAGAAGCAGGGAGGGUCCAUCGUCAAUGUAGGAAGUAUUAUUGGAUUAAAAGGCAAUUCUGGCCAGUCUGUGUACAGUGCCAGUAAGGGAGGACUGGUCGGGUUUUCACGUGCUCUUGCUAAGGAGGUAGCGAGAAAGAAGAUUAGGGUGAACGUAGUUGCACCAGGAUUUAUUCACACGGAUAUGACCAAAGACUUGAAAGAAGAACUUCUAAAGAAAAAUAUUCCUCUUGGGAGGUUUGGAGAAACUAUUGAGGUGGCACAUGCGAUUGUGUUUCUUUUGGAAUCACCGUAUAUUACAGGGCAUGUUUUAGCAGUGGAUGGGGGCUUACAGCUCACAGUAUAAUUUACAGAUUGUUUGGUUGUGAUUGUAGUUACAACUCUCUGGGCAUUGACCACAUAAUCAUGCCUACGUGAGUGACACUUGCUAAUCAAACCUGUUGAUGUUAAAAUUGUUGAUUGCUAUCUUUAUAUGAACAUAUCUGAAAAGAAAAAUGUGUUCUGUAAAGCGUGUGAAUCAUCUACUUUUGGUUACUUCGUAGUUUAUAGCAAGGCUUUAUGAAGUGAUGUAGGUUUGUAUAAUUUGCUUCGAAAGUUGAAUUCAUUGUCUAGUCAUGAAUAAUUUAUUAGGCUGAGUUUUCUAGAAGUUAGCCUUUUGAGUGUUGCCAAAACAGAAGAGUAUUUGCAGGGUGAUGAUUAACUGUCCAUAUCUCUGCAACCCUACUUAAAGCUGGGUGGUGUUUCCUUUUGCGUGUGCUUGGGCUGUCAGUGUUCAUAGAGGUUGGAACAGUUAGUACCAGUUAGGUAGAGAUGUAAAUCACAAAUCGAUUUCUUAGAUGCUGUUGUCGACUAAGCAGCUGAGCAAAA